UCAAUGAGAGACAAUUGUGGACCAUUUUCUUUAUUAUCAUUGGUGGAAUGAGUCAAAAGACAUCUCUCUCUCCCCUCAAUCACUCACUCGGCCAAAGCAAUCAAAAAAGAGAGAAAAGCUCAGCAACAUACCUUCUCCAUAGACAAGGAGUGCGCUCAAUCAAGAAGGAAGUCCAAGGAAGAAGAAAUAGUGGAGAAAGUGAAGAAAACCUUUAUUAAUUAAGGAAUUUUACCAAGGUAUUCUAUACUUCUCAAAGAAUCUAGGAGUGGCCAGAAAAGUUGCCGGAGCCGCCGGAGUUUUUGCCGGAAAAUUCCAAAAGGUCGCCGAAGUUCAAAUGAGGAGGAUAAAAGCUCGCUAACGUCAUUUCAAGGUUGAAGCUAGAGCUUACUUCCUACACCCAUUGUUCGGGAGAUCGAUGGAGAGAAGACGUGGUUCGUGCUUCCUCUGGUUCUAUUUCUAAAUAAUUAAAUAAUGCUCGUGAAACUAUUUUUGACUUAUAAAUUAAUGGAGCCUGCGAGCUCUUGUUUUACCCUCGUGUGGGUUCUUAUUAAACACUUAUAUUCCGCUAUGUGUUUAAUUGUAUGUUGAUGUUGUUAUGUAUGUUUACUAAUCGGUUUUGGCAUAUGUAUCUAUCGGACGUCUUGUGCAAUUUGGUAAGGAUGAACUGCGGUUAUUCUUAUUGGGUUGUACGACGGUUGUCUACGUGGCACAGACACGGUCUGGGCGUGACAAUUAAGUGGUAUCAGAGCCAUACGGUUACUAAACUAUGUAGUCAACCUCUUUACAAAGUUUCUAUCAAAACAAUCUUUCAAUGAAAAUCCAUGAGCAUAAAUUUUGUACUUUAAGAAUAUUUGGUUAUCGAGUUGCAAGGUCUCUGAUUGUUAAGAUGGGCCCCUUAACAAUUGGUAUGACAGUGACUUGAGCCAAGUUGUGUCUUAAGUACGUUGCUGUCAAUUGACAUUCAAACGAGUCCAAAGACUCAUUCCAAUAUAUUCUUUCAAGAAUGGGUGGUAGCGAUAAGGCGGUUCAAGGGAAUCCGAGAGGGCGCGCGUCGGGGAUAGCCGGGCAAGCCAAUCGGGGAAUAUCAAGGUCGCCAAAAAGGCGAGUUAGGGGCCACCAAGGCCAACGAACACAAGCCGCGAUGGCUGAUUGCAUUGUGACUGGCUUCGAGUCGUGGAACUCGGAGGAUGACUCAACUUAUCACCCUGAAAGUGAGUCAGAUGAUACUUCUUUUGAUGAAAACGGUGGGGAGGAUAUACAUAGUAUUCCUCUUGACCAGGUUAGUGAGAUGUACCGAUGGUACCAACGGGAAAGGGAAAGACAACGACAAAGAUCCCAGGUGGGACAUGUGAGAGACGAGGCCUCUCGCAGGAGGGGUCGGGGUGCUCAUAGGGCACAUGUUAGGAUGGUCAGAGAUUCUGAUGGUGAAGAACCAUUCAUUAAGAUCUCAAAGUACCUGAAAGAGGCUAGGGCCUUGGGGUGCAAACCGUUUGAUGGGACAGGGGAUAUCUCGGACGCAGCCGAGUGGAUAAAAAGGUUAAAUGAUGCAGCCGAUGACAUGCAAGUGGUCCCUGAUCGGAUGUUAAGGGUAGCCACUAGAUUGUUGGAAGGUUUAGCUUCUACUUGGUGGGAAGGCAUCAAGGGUAUGUUUGACGGGGUUGUCACGUGGGACAACUUCGAGCAAGCAUUCUAUGAACAAUUUUAUACCUCUUUCGAAGUAAAUCGAAAGAGGAGGGAAUAUACAAAUCUCAAACAGGGCAAUGAGUUUACGGUGAAACAAUUGGAACAAAGGUUACGACAUUUGGCAAGGUUCUUGCCUGAAUAUGUUGCCAAUGAGGAUCGAAUGGCGAACCAUUUUUGGAAUGCACUAAAUUUGGAGGUACGCGAAAGGGCGACCUAUCAAUUCAACAUGACUUUCAGUCAAGUAGUAACCCAGGGUCUCCAGGGGGAAGAGCUUUGGGAGGAAAGGCAAGCAAGGGGUGCUAAGGAAACACAAGAAAGGGAUCAAAUGAUCAACCAUCCUCCACGGCGGGAGAGGAAGUAUGACUUUGAGAGCAAGGGGGACUCUAACAAGUUAGUUCCAUUUCCAAAAGGGAGCGAAGACUGGGUUAGUCAAAGCUCAAGCACUCGGGGCACGGGAGCACCCAAAUGUGAGAAUUGUAGGCGGAGACACUACGGGAUAUUUCUAGAACCAUCUAGAUGCUACUUUUGUGGAGAAACGGGCCACAUAAAGGUUCUUUGUCCUCAGCGUGUACGAGGAGGAGCAUUGGGGGCCCACAUGGGAGUCACGGAGAUUGCAAACCCAACAGGGAUUGCUUCAAACAUUUUACCAUCCACCAAUCGGUGGAGAACUCGCUCGUGAGGGCGAUGAAUGAUGGAAGCUAUUUUCAGGAAUAACUAUGGCAUAAGCCAGAUGAUGUGCUAUUUCAUCUAUAAAAGUGGACCAUUGAGAAGAAAUAGACACACAAUAUCUCAUUAAACAAGUUGACGAAUAAUAAGUUUUAAGCACUGAAGGUACUGCUUGCAAGGGCAUAUGAAGUUUCGGUCAACUCCAAAGGACAGACAUGGGGAUGCCCUGGCAUGAAGCUGGCUUAUAUUGAGCACAUUUCUUACUGGCACACAAGAAAACCUACAAGGAUACACAACCACAAUGAAGAAGCUGUUCCUGCAGAAUUCACACUCAGACCAAGCAAUACAUGGCUACAAAAUAUUGUCCUAUAGGAAAGAGGUUUAGCAAGAGAAGAUAUAUUGUUGGACACUGGCAAUAAUUUCACAGUUCGGCUGCAGGAGAGCCCAAAAUCCCUAGAUGGAUUGUAAAACACAACCCCACCUACUUCAAUGUUAUAACUUUGUAUUAAAUUUGAUUGGACAAAAAAACUACUCCCUCCGUUCCUUAAUAAACUUCCAACUUUCCUUUUUCGUCCAUUCCAAUUAAAUUUCCACUUUCCCUUUUUGGUAAAGAAUUUAUGGUUCACAACAUUUCUUACACAUUUCUCUCUCCUCUGCACAACUCUCCACCACACAAUACCCACUUUUCUUAAAUUGUGUGCCAAAGUGGGUUGGAAGAUAAAAUAGGAACAGAGGUAGUAUAAUUAAGUAGAGUUGUUGGGGUGUAAAGAGCAUAUAUAUUGCCGGAACGCGCCCAAAUUUCGUGUCCAAGACAGAAACCAAGACCUGUACGAGAUCAGGUCCACCCCUAUAUUAGUAUAUUAUACUCCAUACAUAUUUUUGAAGUCCCAGUUUUGCAAAUUUUUGUAAUGUAAGGAUGUUAAGUGUUAUCUUCAAGACUUCAAUAUAAGUCUAAAUGUAUUUAUUUCCAAUGUAAAGAACAUAUAUAUUGUCUGGACAUGUCCAAAUUUCCAAUGCAUGUUGUGAGAAGGGAAUUGUUUAUGA